GAAGGAGAGGAGGGGAAGGAGGAGGCGCGCAGCCCUUUUGUUACCUGUGUCAGACUACCUGGCUGUUGUGCGUUAGGAACAUGCGCUCUGCGUCUGAGAUGUCUGCAGAAAACAGAAACCGCGAGCGAUGCACAGAAGCUUUCAACGAGUCAACUUCCACAGUGGCACUCUUCUAAAGGCAGUUUAUUUGACUUCUUUUUUGGUUUGUUUGUAUACUUUUUUUUUGUAACCUUCAAGUCAAACGGGGAAAGGAAUAGUUAAUUAGAUUCAAGCGUAAAAAAGAAUAAGGGGCGAAAAAAGGAGGCACUUCCUCCGAGAACUCAUUCACCUUUCAGGUCCGAGGCUCUCUCGAGUUUCAGGUGGGAGCUCUGAGCCAGAUCAGGGGUCGUCCUCAGCAUCUCUACCUGUACUCAACCAUGGAUUUCACGCGGCCGAACAUUUUCGAGGAGCUUCAGCUUGACGUUGCAGAAAAUAGACGCUAUUCGUGCAUCUGGGGGGGUUAGAGGAGCCGCCGCAUGUGGAUGGAAAGCCUGGGUGCUUUUUGUAACUGUUCAUGGCCUCUGGACCAAGUGGUACCGAUCAUGCACAAACCCCCCCGAAAGCGGAGUCUUUACGUGUUCCUGUGUUUCGGCGUCAUAUACCUGAGACUUGGGGCCCUGUCCUCGGUGGUGGCUCUGGGUGCCAACAUCAUCUGCAACAAGAUUCCUGGACUGGCACCUCGCCAGCGGGCCAUCUGCCAGAGCCGCCCAGACGCCAUCAUCGUUGUGGGAGAAGGUGCUCAAAUGGGCAUCAAUGAGUGUCAAUACCAGUUCCGAUAUGGACGGUGGAACUGUUCGGCACUGGGAGAAAGGACAGUCUUCGGCCAGGAGCUGCGAGUAGGCAGUCGGGAAGCAGCUUUCACCUAUGCCAUUACGGCAGCAGGGGUGGCCCAUGCUAUUACAGCUGCAUGCAGCCAGGGCAACCUGAGCCAAUGCGGCUGCGACCGGGAGAAGCAGGGUUAUUACAAUCAGGAGGAAGGCUGGAAGUGGGGAGGCUGCUCGGCUGACAUCAAGUACGGCAUUGAGUUCUCACGACGCUUUGUGGAUGCCCGGGAAAUUAAAAAGACUCCUCGUCGACUGAUGAACUUGCAUAACAACGAGGCUGGCAGAAAGGUUUUAGAAGAAAGGAUGAAGCUAGAGUGCAAGUGUCACGGCGUCUCAGGCUCCUGCACCACUAAGACCUGCUGGACUACACUUCCAAAGUUCCGCGAGAUCGGCUACGUACUCAGGGAGAAGUACAAUGAAGCCGUUCACGUGGAGGUGGUUCGGGCUAGCCGACUGCGCCAGCCCACUCACCUCAAGGUAAAGCAGACUCAGGGCUACAGAAAGCCCAUGGAGACAGACCUUGUUUACAUUGAGAGGUCGCCCAACUACUGCGAGGAGGACGCAGCCACGGGGAGCGUGGGCACCCAGGGACGCCUGUGUAACCGCACCUCGCCACACACAGAUGGCUGCGACCUCAUGUGCUGCGGCCGAGGCUACAAUACGCACCAGUACACCAAAGUGUGGCAAUGCAACUGUAAGUUCCAAUGGUGCUGCUUCGUCAAAUGCAACACGUGCAGCGAGAGGACGGAGGUGUUUACCUGCAAAUAAAAACACAAGGAACUCCAACAUCGGGAGGUGAAGCACCGAGGACUAGCUGAGUGAGGACGAUCUCAGAGAGCACGAUAUAGGUGUGUCUUCGACCAGUGGGAGAUCUCAACAAUGAACAAACGGAAUUUAAACUCAGCUCUUCAUGGCAUUGUUUUGCACACCAGAAUCUAUCUAAUUGCCUUUCAGAAAGUAAUUGCUAAAUAUCAGUAGGUAAUAACCCAGAACUUUACUGUUAUGUAGAGAUUGUGCUCAUGUACUGAUGUUUCCACGGUGAGGUUUGGACUACCCGCAAUGAAGGAGGCCCUCGGUGGGAACCACGGUCUGCACUCUGGGGAUUUGUAAUGGCUCAAGUCACGAGAUCAUUGCAUGGAGAGGAACUCGGAGAAAAAUGGGAAUUGAUGAAAAUGACAGCAGCUCAUGCGAGGUGACUGGCAGAGAGCUUUCAAGUCUUUGAUGAGAAACAUUUAUUCAUUUUGUCGCAUGUACGCGAAAGGGGAGCUUAAGUGAAUGGUGACAUGAACCCUCUAGAUUGACUGGGGCCUCUGCUGGAAGUCUGUCGAAAUUAAGAGCUUUUUGUAAGUACGGUGCAUUGUGCUGCACCAAAAUAUUAGUGGAGAACUAUGUUAAACCCUCUGCUGCCAACUGGAAAAUAGUGGAGUAUGUUAGUUUUCCAGUAACACUGGAACUGUCUGUUCUGAACACUGAAAAUAAAUUGUCUAUUUAUGUUAUAGUAUCUUAAACAAAGCACUAACGGGUAGAGAUGUCUUUUUUUUGUACUAAAUGUAAAGAAAAAUAAUUUUUAGAAAUUCUGACUGAAGAUGUGUGUCUAUUAGAAAAGGACCCCACAAUCCCUAAAACACUUAAUUUUUUCAUUUAAAAAAGAAAAAGAAAAAAAAAGGUUCAAUGUUCAUUGUGGACAGAAAAAUACAUCAGUGUAAUAUUCAUUCCAACGUCAUGAUUCUAGUUCGUUGUAGCAUGCUUCGUUUGCAGUCCUGUUUUUCUGAGUCCUGAGUAGUUACAUCUAUUCGGGUGGUUGGGCAACAUCAGUUAAGAGACAGUGGAUAAAAAGCACAUUAAACUGCAGAGAUCCUUCCUCAGUUCUUUAAAAUAAACAUUAAAAUUGUGCUGAAUGUGUUGUUAAGUGCUACACUCAUAUUUUUAUUCAAAAAAACAACUCAUGAAGCAAAUAAAUGCCCGUUUGACUCAGUUUGCAAGUUCAUUGCUGCAAUAUCAAAUGAAGUUAAACCUGCAGACUUUAUAGUUCAAAGGUUUUACUUGUUCUUCCUAUUAAAGUUAU